UUUUAUUGGGAAUGGGUUGUUUUGAUCAACAUUGAAUCAGAAAAAUAUUAACAAAACUAUCAAAAACGUGCCGAAACCAUAGAAAUGGAUGAUUUAUCGCAAGCCACUGAAGCUGCCUCCCUUGCAGUAAAGUUUGACCAGACAGGGCAGAUUGAUAAUGCUGUGGAAUGCUACCGAACUGCUGCUCGCCUGCUGGACAGAGCCCGAGACCGCUUACUGCCAGAGAAGCAGGAAGGGGUCCGGGUAAAAGUGCGUGAAUACCUCGAGAGGGCCAACAGCUUGUUGGAAAAUAAAGACAUGGCCCAACAAGCGGAGAGUGAGAGGAGCAUGCAGAAGUGCUACUUCCUGAUGCAGCAGGCGCUGGAUGCGGACGAGGCGGGCCUGAAGGACCUGGCGCUGCAACUGUACACUAAGGCUGUGGAACUGGCCGUCAGUUUGAAAGCACAUGACCAAGACAUGAAAUCCAAAAUCACAAACAUUGCAACCAAAGCAUUGGACAGAGCUGAAGAAAUAAAAAGGAUUAACAAAAUGAGUUCACUGAGUCUUAAUGCCAACAGCACAAGCCGUAGGCCAGCCACAACACCAACAAAACCGCAGCUCAACCGAAAUGAAAGUGUCCACCUCAAACUGACAUCUGGCAAGCAAUCCUACACAGAUGAGGAAAAAUCCGUCUUACUACAAACAUCCAAGAUUAACAAUAACUGUUUCGUCCCAUUCAUGGACAUAGAUUUGUCAGAGAAGUUCCAAUAUGCUAUACCGUUCGAUGACAAGGAUGGUAAGCUGAAGUUGUCCGGGAAACAAUCGGCCGAGUUUGAGCAGUGGGUGAGGCCUGAUGAGAUCUCAGCUGACCCUAAACUGAUUGUUGGGGAUCAUAUUGACUGUUUUAGUAUAAAGCAAACUGUGGUAUCAGACUGCUCGUUUGUGGCGUCCCUUGCUGUCAGCGCACUCUAUGAGAAACAGUUUAAGAAGAGCUUAAUAACUUCCAUUAUUUAUCCAAAGAACAAGAACAAACAACCAAUAUUCAACCCGUUUGGAAAAUACAUGAUCAAAUUGCACAUCAAUGGCGUUAGGAGAAAGGUGAUAAUAGAUGACUUGCUGCCAUACAGCCGUCACGGGAGACUGCUGUGUUCGUUCUCGAGCAAUAAGAACGAGUUUUGGGUGUCACUUCUGGAAAAAGCAUACAUGAAAGUCAUGGGCGGUUAUGACUUUCCUGGAUCAAAUAGCAACAUAGACCUCCACGCGCUGACCGGCUGGAUCCCCGAACGCCAGUCCAUCCGUCCCAACGAAGCGGACUUCAACGCCGAAGCACUAUUCACUAAGAUCUCAGGAGGACUAGCGGACGGACAGCUCCUAGCUACAAUAGCCACGGGCGAGCUGGCCGAGGCGGAGGCGGGCCGCACCGGGCUGGUGCCGCAACACGCGUACGCGCUGCUAGACGCCAGGGUCGUUCAUGGUGUAAAACUCCUAAAGCUCAAGAACCCGUGGUCGCACCUGCGCUGGCGCGGCAAUUACUCGGAGCUGGACACGACACACUGGACCGCCGCCCUGCGCCAGCAGCUCCACUACGACCCCGACAGCGCCGCGCAAUACGACAACGGUGUGUUCUGGAUCGACUACGCCAGUAUACUGCGGUUCUUUGACGUCUUCUACAUGAACUGGAACCCGGCCCUGUUUGCAUACACCUACUGCCUACACAAGCAAUGGGACGCCGGCAUUGGCCCAGCGAAAGACGCUUACAACAUCGGGGAAAACCCUCAAUUCGUGCUGAAUGUCCAGAAGAAGGGCGACGUAUGGCUCCUACUGACGAGACAUAUCACGGACAUCGACGACUUCAGGAAUAACCGCGAGUUUAUCACGCUGCUCGUGUAUAAGAACGAGGGGAAGCGAGUGUAUUAUCCUUACGACCCUCCCCCCUACAUAGAAGGCGUACGCAUCAACAGCCCGCACUACCUCUGCAAGAUGGCGGCCGCCGACGCCACCCGCUUCACGCUAGUCGUGUCACAGUACGAGAAGAGUCGCACGAUAUAUUACACGCUGCGGGCGUAUGCGACUUGCCCGUUCACGCUUAACGAGGCGAAGACUUGCCCGUAUAGUGCUACUGUGAGCGGCGAAUGGACGUCCCGGACGGCGGGCGGAUGCGAGAACCAUCCGGAGACGUACCACCUGAACCCGUCGCACGAAGUCACGCUGCCCGCGCCCGCCUGGCUCGUGCUGGAGCUGAAGGGCCCCAAGCAGUACCAGCUAGGCUUCGACGUCCGUGUAACGUCUCUGGACGACCCCACCGUGACGGCGCCCUUCCACACCAAGACUAGCGGCGCUUUCAGAUCCGGCUUCGUCGUCCUAGAGCUGCCAUCAUUACCAGCGGGAAAGUACAACGUGACAGUUUCAACCUUCUCGCCAGGGCAGGAAGGUCCAUACUUCCUCACCGCGCGGUCCACCUGUCCAGUCAAGUUGGACCAUAGCAACUAGCCAAGAGCUUUCGCUAGAAGGCCAAGAAAGACAAAGAAUCGUUUGACAUAGUGCGGAUAAAAAUGAAGAUAUUUUUAGAUUUUUCGGCCAUUUUGACUGUACUUAUACCGUUGAGAUAAUGCGAUUUUGACGUUCGCUUAUGCCUGGUCAAUAAACUGGGUUUUCCUUUACAGUCAUCCGAUAUCUAUGGGAUUUUGUAUAUCAAAAACGCAUUCUCUUAACAUCCAUAUUAUAGAGAAUUAAACUAUGAAAUUGUGUUAUACGAUGGAUAAUUACAAUGAUAUUUAAAAUAAAAUAAAAAUUAGAUUGGUUUGAAUCAUGGCUGGUAUAGCGUUAUCAACGAAAACACAGGUUAUAUUACAGGGGAGAGAGUCGCCGUUUGAUGAAUCAUAGUGAAAUAUUAUGUAUACUUAUUGUAAUAUCUUAAAACUGUGCACUUCGUGGAGAUACUUCAAUAGUUUAAUUAUAUAAAUAUAUUUGUUUGUGACAAAGUAAUAAUCUAACAUAAAAACAAUGAAUUAACCAUGUAUUUACAAAUUAAUCAUGUCGGUGUCAGUAGAACAAAUAUUAAAAAUUAAUGUAACUUCGAGUCAGUGUUGUUUGAGAAUAAUAUUUUUGUUAAUUUGGUAUCAAAAGAUCUGUAUUUAUAUAUGAAAAAUCUAUAUUUUAGCGAUUUGCUCUUGAUUUAGUUGCUAUGUUCUACAGUCAAAUUAUGUAAGAGUUGUUUUGCAUUUAACUGUGAUAUUUACUAGCUUUUUAAGUGAUCCUUCGUUAUAAUAGCGUGUUGUUCAUAAUAAUAAUAUAUCUGAAAUCUAUAAUGAAAUAUAAACGUAGUUAAAUUAUGAUAAAUGUUUAUAAAUAAAGUAUUUUGCUAUGGAA